UCGUUAAAUUAACAAACGAAAAAACAAAAUCCAUCCCUAAAACAAAUGACUGUCAAAACAAUGUCCAAAAAUAAUGAUGAUCAUGAUGAUGAUAAAUUAUCUCAUGAUGAAAAAAUUGAUGAAAAUAAUUCGAAUGCAAUGAAUGGUUUGGUUAGGAAAAGACGUCCUGGUAUCAUUGAGCUUGGUGAUGUUACACCACAUAACAUAAAAUUAUUACGCCGUUUAAAUCAGGUCAUUUUUCCGGUCAGCUAUAAUGCCAAAUUCUAUAAAGAUGUUUUAGAAUCCGGUCCAUUAGCCAAAUUAGCAUACUAUAAUGAUAUUAUGGUUGGUGCUGUUUGUUGCCGUGUUGAUACAUCCGAACCUAAUACUCGACGUCUGUAUAUAAUGACAUUAGGAUGUUUAGCAUCAUAUCGACGACUUGGUAUUGGUACUAAAAUGGUUGAACAUAUUCUUGAUUAUGUUUCACAAAAAGAUUCAAAUUUUGAUAGCAUUUUUUUGCAUGUCCAAAUCAACAAUGAAGAUGCUAUUGAAUUUUAUCAAAAAUUUGGUUUCGAAAUUAUUGAAACUAGGAAAAAUUAUUACAAACGUAUCGAACCACCAGAUGCACAUGUAUUAUCGAAAAAUUUAAAAAAAUAAAUUGAUACUUUUGCUUUCUUUCUUUUUGC